AGCAGGUCCAGGCCGGGGGUCUCACAUAAGACGUUGACCAUCACCACCUUUCCAUUCUAUCGCUAUCAGAUCCCCGGCGUUGCCCCGUCAUCCCCUCACUCAUCAUGCUGCCGUACUGCAAGAUAGCUGUCAUUCAGUUGUAUGUCAAACCCCUCAAACCGGCCGACAACUUCGCCCGGGCGGUGCAAUUCAUCCGCGAGGCCGCUGCCCAGGGUUGUCAUUUGGCCGUGCUGCCAGAAUUCCACUUGACGAACUGGAUUCCAACCGAUCCGAGUUUCGCCGCUUUGUGUGAUGAUUGGGAGAACUACGUGCAUCGGUAUCAGGCUCUAGCCAAAGAGUGCAAUACCUGUAUUGUACCGGGGUCCAUUGUGCGCCCUGUAUCAGCGUCUCCACAAGAAGCAUCAGCCUCAUCCACAGAACCCAUCGACAAGCCCACCCCAGCCUUGGAGAAUGUCGCCUUCUUUAUAUCCAACACAGGCGAGAUCCUAGGCUCUUACGUGAAAAAGAAUCUUUGGGGUCCUACCGAGCGAGCGUACCUUCGCUCCUCCGGCAACAGCCCGCACCAAGUCAUCUCGACCCCCUUGGGCCCUGUAGGCCUCCUCGUGUGCUGGGAUCUAGCAUUUCCUGAAGCCUGGAGGGAACUGGUAUCUCAGGGAGCCAAGAUCAUCAUCGUGCCCACCUUGUGGACCCGUAGCGGAGCCUCCGAAGCUGGCCAUCGUCAGAACCCAUCAGCGCCAUCCCUGUUCCUCGACAGUAUUCUGACCGCGCGUACCUUUGAAAAUACUUGUGCGGUAGUCUUCGCCAAUGCAGGCGGGCCUCCAGGUAGGAACUACUGUGGCCUUUCCCAAAUCAACAUCCCCUAUGCCGGUCCGCUGGUUCGUUUGGGCACUUCAGCUGAAGGUAUGGGCGUUGCUACUCUGGAUUUAGCGGUGCUAGAGGAAGCGGAAGCAAACUAUGCUAUCCGGAAGGAUUUAGCAGACCCUUCCUGGCACUACAGGCAUACCCAAAGAAUUCCUGCCGAGCCUUCGAAAGGGAAAUUAUAGCUCGGUC